CUCAAAUUACAGUAGCAUUCAUAUAAACAUUAAUGGUGCGCUUUUAGCAAAAUAAGUUGCUGAGCAUCUUUGCUUGAUCUGCUGAGUAGCAAUGUCUGGGGACUCCAGCACAAUCCUCGAGAGAGCCCUAAAUACUUCUACAGAUUUAAAGUGGUAAGGCACCUACCCUGAAAGCAGCAACCAGAUGCUUCAGCGCCUCAUGCACUGACUCUCAAAUUGCGUUUCAAGACAACGUCCUUCUGAGUGACGUGAGGAGGAAGGGGCGGGUCUUCUCGUGACGGAAAACCGUUCUCAUUCAGACCGGCGGCCCCGACCCAGGGACAGCGGGUGCUUUUGUGGGGAUAUCCGUUUCUUGUGAAUGGAACCAAGUGCAGCCGAGGUUACGUUAUCAUGGAACCUGGCAGCUGCCAGCUUCAAAGUGCUUUGAAGCGCUCAUCACAGCUUGGGCGGGAAGUUUUGGAACGUGCUCAGAAGAGGAGAGUACAUUGGUCCAUGGAUGAUAUGUCAUGUGGUGGAGAAAGGGAAAGAGAAGAAUCUUCAGUUCAGAAAGAUGAGGUAAAAGUGCAAACUGAAACGUGCCAAAUGACAAAGACCUCUGUUCCAUGUGGUGAGAUAUUAACCCAUGAUGAAGUAAGUGAAAUAACAUCUUCAGUAGGGGAAGCUGAAGUUGUAACACAGGAGAAAAUACAGGAAAUGUCAUCUUCAACAGAUGAGAUGAAAGUACAAGAUAAAAUAAGUGCAACAACACUGUGUUCAACAGCAGGAGAUGAGAGAUUAGCAGAAGAUAGAGUGUGCAGGACAGCAGUAUCUUCACCAACAAAAAAUGAGAAGGCACACAAUGGAACAUGCUGUAUAACAGGUCCUUCACUAGUGAGAGAUAAGGUGACAGGACAAGAUAGAACGUGCAGAAUAACAGCACCUUCAACAACAAGGGAUAAGGUGAUAACAUGGGAUGGAGCCUGUGGAUCAGCAGCACAUUCAGUGAGAAAUAAGGGUAAAGCAGAGUGGACUGACAUCAAUGAAGCUUUUGCUUCACUUCUGCAAUGUAUGGCUCACGUCACCAGGCAGUGUAAGUUUUUAUCUUGCAGCACUAUUAUAAGAAUAUGCCACUGUGUGAAAGGGACAAAAUGGAGGAAAACCAUAUUCAACGAUACCACAUGCAUCCAUCAACCACCAAAGCUCCUGUUAAACGCAUUGACGAGGUUCAUAUUCAAGUGGCACCAGGUUCUUAUGCAGUGACAGCAAAAUCCAGAGUAUCUGAGAGAGAGCAGACGCAUGUGAUACAUCUGGGUCCAGAUCAGACCAUCGAUCUUACCUUUAAUGUCUGAUGUGUAUAGAAUAAGGUGUUGGAGGGCAUGUGGCAACAACCAUUAGCCCUGUAUUUUUGUACAGGGACUUUUGGAAUUUUGAGGUCUAUACAAUAUUUAUUUCUCCAUGCAGCAAUUAAAGACUAAGUGAAACAACCAGUUUUAAAGUGCCGAGCUGCUUAAUGCAUUUGAAUGGAAUACAGUUUUAAAAUUGAAUGUAACUGAAUUAUGCAGUGUAUUUUUGUAUUAUGUUCUUCAUACAUGACAAUUUUAUUUAGUUUUGUUACAGCUCUUGUCCUUAUAAACAGAUUAAUUUUUAAUAUAUUUUAUGCAAAUUGAGACUAAAAGCCAAUAUUGGUAGUAUUGCACUGUUGUUGUAAAUGAUGGAACUUUAUGGCAGUAUAUUUUUGGAAAUUUCAAAAUAAAAGUUCUG